CUCUUAGGACUUUUCAAUCUCCUUUUCUAACAUCUUCUCUUGUCGCCAUGUCGGAAACCGCUCCAGCUGAGACGGCCACCCCGGCUCCAGUAGAGAAAUCCCCCGCCAAAAAGAAAAGUAAGAAGUCUGCCGGCGCAGGCGCAGCUAAGCGCAAGGCGACCGGGCCCCCAGUCUCCGAGCUGAUCACUAAGGCUGUGGCCGCUUCCAAAGAGCGAAAUGGCCUCUCUUUGGCCGCUCUGAAGAAAGCGCUAGCGGCUGGUGGCUACGACGUGGAGAAGAACAACAGCCGCAUUAAACUUGGCCUCAAGAGCCUGGUGAGCAAGGGCACCCUGGUGCAGACCAAGGGCACCGGCGCCUCGGGCUCCUUCAAGCUCAACAAGAAGGCGGCCUCCGGGGAAGCCAAGCCCAAAGCCAAGAAGGUGGGCACAGCAAAAGCGAAGAGGCCCGCUGGGGCCACUCCUAAGAAGCCCAAGAAGGCUGCAGGAGCGAAGAAGGCAGUGAAGAAGACGCCGAAGAAAGCCAAGAAGCCCGCGGCGGCUGGCGUUAAGAAAGUGGCCAAGAGCCCUAAGAAGGCAAAAUCCGCGGCGAAACCCAAGAAGUCGGCAAAGAGUCCCGCCAAGCCCAAGGCAGUGAAGCCGAAAGCGGCCAAACCCAAAGCCGCCAAGCCCAAGGCAGCAAAGCCCAAAGCUGCGAAGGCGAAGAAGGCGGCUCCCAAAAAGAAGUAGGAAGUUGGCGUGUUCAAUAGCAACAAAGCCCCAAAGGCUCUUUUCAGAGC